UAGUUUAGACUUUUUCGCAAUUUCCCCUCCAUUCAUUUUACUGUUAUAUUUCUUAAUCACGACAAAUUUUCUUCUAGGAUUUGUUUUGUUUUUAGCAUUAAUGACACAAUUUCAUUUAAUAAAAGUUUUUAUUAUUUAAAGCACCUGUGCUGAUGAAUUAUAACUUCUCCGACGUUGGUGAACGUUACAAUUUCGAUUGAAGGGGCCCAUAGGUAACUCAUGAAAAUGGAAUGUAUUUAGUGCUGCCUGAUUCCAGUUGUCGACGAUAGCAAACCAUAACAUCGAGUUACGGGACGUCGUAAUAAUUGGAAUUUCGUGGCAUUUCUUAAUUGCAAUUUCGUGAAAUAUCCGAAAAUAAUUGAGCAGAGCUACGUCGACAUCCGGUGGAAACAUCAGAAGGCAGGGAUCGCCUCCUUUCCUCUCCUGCGUAGCCUUGAAUUUUUGCUGGAAUGUCGGAAAUGGAAUGGUAAAAACCAGAAGACGGAUAAGGCAAAAGAUACGGCUGCCGGUGUUCUUCGAUCCAAAAAUAAAAUCACAACCUGGAUUUUGCCUUAUUGAAUCCUCUAUAAAUUUUCACCUAACCUACAGUUCAAGUCGGUUUUUGUUGCAGUGACUAUUUGGCUGUUGACUCACGUUGAGUGAUUUUUUUAUCGUUGGGUCUCAAUUUUUCAAGUCAUUUUAGCUCGUGCGCAAUGACCACUAAUCGGGAAUUAAGUGGUGCCAUUGAUGAUGUUCUUCGACGUAGGAAAAUGGUUUCCGUGCUCAAACUGUUAACUAUUAUGUUAUUGAUUUCCAGCAGACAGGGCCAUGCCAUUGAGUUGAUUGGGUUGAACAAAAAUCAGGGAAUUAUGCUUCCCAAUCAACAAGAUCAACUCGUCAACGCCAAAAACAACAUCACAAUCACUUGCGUGUUUAUCCACACGGCCGAAAUUGUAUGGAUAUUACCCAAACUCUCUACAGAUGAGGCGAUGGAUAGACGGAAAAACAGCCGUACAACUUACGCUAAUUUUAAGAACGAGACGCAGGGCCAGUCGCAUGUCUACUCUACGCUGACGGUGACAAAUGCCAGGAUUACAGACACUGGAUUAUACAAGUGUUACCUAAAACAAUCUCCUGAACUUAAAGUAGAGCAACACGUCUAUGUUUACGACAAAAAGCAACUUGUGUUCAACAGCGAAGGUGAUAACAAAUUUACUGUGAAGCAUGGACGAAGGGCUGAAAUUCCCUGUAAAGUGACCCAUCCGGAUGUUCGUGUCACACUGAAACGCAGCAGCCGGGUGGUCAUCGAACCUUUUUCCAAGGAAGAACUACAACAAGAUUUAUUAGCUGUUCCAAACCCAAAAUGGGAAUUUGAUAAGCAAACGGGACUGACGCUGAAUAAGGUGGCGUUAAGCGACCACGGCAAUUACGAAUGCAAUGGUACACUGGGGAACAUUACCAAGAAAAUAUUUUUCACCCUCGUUGUUAAAGACGGAAUUGAAUUGACAAGGGACCACAUCAAUAGGGAUGAUGGUCUAGUGUUGGAAGGAAGUAACGUCACGUUAAUCUGCCGGGCUUACUUAUUUGCUUUACCACCCAAAUGGGCAUAUUACCUGAAGGAUAGCGAUACCCAUCCGAUCUACAUCGAUGAAACUAUGUCACCACCCCAACUCGACGGUAUGAAAAUAGUAACGAAAAACGAUACUGAUAAAGGGGAAAUCGUAAAUCUAAAAAUAUACGAUAGCUUUUUGGAAUUGAAGAACGUGAGCAAGAAUUCCCCAACGACAUUUCAAUGCAUGGAUGGAAACAUCAACGCAACUCGGAUAUCGGUUGAAAGAGCACCGAUAUUUUCCUUCAAUGUUUCAGCGCCUCAGUCGCCAUUUAUUGUCGAUCCAAACAAUUCAACAAUUCUGCUAGUCAAAGACCAGCAAUCGAGUUUGAGGUGCGAAGGAUACGGAUUGCCCCAAUCCACCUUUCAGUGGAUCAAGGAUGGCAUCGUUAUCCCCGAGGAUAAGGUCUUACCGAACGGCAAUUUGUCUUCAUUAAAUCUGCAUGGAAGACCCGGCGAAAACGGAACUUACGCCUGCCGAUUGAACAACAGUCGACACGAAACCUUUAAAUAUUUCACCGUCAAAUUCGCUGAAGAGUCUCAGCUAUCGACCAUUAUUAUCAGCGUGGUCAUCGUUUUGGCAGUUGUUCUUAUCGCUGCCAUUGGCCUCAGCAUCAAAUUGUAUCGAGACAAGAAAAAGAAUUUGUUUCCCGGAGCGGAAGCUCUGCUCAGAGGAAACCCCAACGAAAUGAACGACGAUUUGAGUUUGGACGACCAGAUUGAAAUAUUACCGUACGAUAGACGAUGGGAAUUCCCAAGAAAUCGGCUGAAACUCGGUGUACAGCUGGGAGCUGGGUGUUUCGGCCGAGUCGUCAAAGCCGAGGCGGUCGGAGUCAAAGACUCGGAGGAAAACGUUCAAACGGUGGCUGUCAAAAUGGUUCGCUCCCAAACCAACGCCGCUGCUCUGGAGGCUUUGGUCAGUGAAUUAAAAAUUCUUAUCCACUUGGGAGCGCAUUUGAAUGUAGUCAAUUUACUGGGGGCCUGCACCAAAACUCUCAUCAGAGGAGAACUAUUUGUGAUCGUCGAAUACUGCCGAUUUGGCAAUUUACAAACGUACUUGAUAAAUCACCGAAAUAACUUUGUCAAUCAAGUGGACAAACUUGGCAAUCUUUUGUCAGAUGCGGCAAUGCAGAAAAUUAACACAGCAGCUGCAGGCAUGAAAAGGAAGGAGUGCCCCAUUGAUAAGGCAGUAUCAGGGGCGGAUCCAGAAAAACCUGAAACAGUGCGAUACGUAAUACAAAAAACAGCAAGAUCUGGAUUUGCAAACUCAACAGUCGACGAUGUUAACUUUACAGAUGAAUAUGAGCCGCCUGUGUCGUUCGGGGUUUGCCAAAAAGACCCUGAUAGCAAUUUUUAUGGAAUGAACAUGUCCACAGCGGAUUUAAUCUCUUGGUCUUUCCAAAUUGCCAGGGGAAUGGAUUACUUGGCCAGUAAAAAGGUUCUUCAUGGCGAUUUAGCUGCGCGCAAUGUUCUCCUAGCUGACGAUGGAGUGGCCAAAGUUGCCGAUUUCGGUAUGGCCCGUAAAAUGUAUUACGAAGGCAACUACCAACAAACAGGGCAGAAAUUGAUGCCGAUCAAAUGGAUGGCAAUUGAAUCCUUGACGGAUCGAAUCUUUUCCACCCAAUCCGAUGUUUGGUCGUACGGUGUCCUCCUCUGGGAAAUCUUUACCCUGGGAAAAGUCCCCUAUCCAGGAUUGGAAGGUAAUACACUCGUCCGCCAAUUGGAAAUAGGAUACCGGAUGGAUAAACCCGACUAUGCACCCACUUGCAUGGGCGAAAUUAUGUCCAGCUGCUGGAAAGCGGAUCCAAAAGAGAGGCCGUCUUUCAGUGAAAUGGAGGAAAUGAUCAGCAGCCAAAUGGAGUCAACAGUCAGCGAUCACUAUUUAAAUUUAAAUAGUUCAUACGAAAAGCUCAACGAAGAGAAAGUCAACGCCUCUCCCACCGAACCUUUGGGGCUUGCUAAAGCGCUGGAUUCUAAAGAGAAAGUCGGAAAAAGGUGCUCGAUUCUUCCAGCAUGCAACAAUACCCAAACAAAAAUUGAGCUCAAUAAACUUAGCCGACAAGUGGAAUCGAAUCAAGAAUUGAAAAAGGUGUCGUGCAGCAACCGUAGAAUUGAGAGUCUUAUCAAUCGACUAAAACGCCAAGGAUUUAGUAUACAUCAAGACUUUGCUGAGAUAUGUGUUUAGUAGACCACAACCAUCGCAUCGUUUCCCAGGAAGGAAAUGAAAAUGAAUAGAGGAUCGCCAGUGCUGUUUAGACCAUUGCAUCUCUGUAUGAAAUUUGUAAGCCACUUAGGUCAAGACUCAGGUUUUAUCUUGACGUUUCCAAAUGUUGUUAUAGUUGUGCAAACGGCGAUUUGUUGCCAAUUCGCUCUGGUUUUAUUUCUAACGUACAUGUAGAACUUCAAACAUAGUGUGUAUGUCCCAGGGGCUGAUAUUUUAAAUAAUAAAAACCAAUUUAGCUUUA